AUGAUGUGCGUGGAUGUUGGAGGAGAGGGAGAAGGCGUGGCGGUUGAGGAGGUCGAUGUAGAGGGCGUAGGCGGCGGGGUGGAGGUGGCGGUGGGGGAGGACGCGGGUGGAGAGGAGGGAGAGGGCGAGCAAGGGAGGUUUGAGGAUGAAGACGUGAGAAAUCUUUCCUAUGCGGAGGCGCUGCUCGCAGAUUGGAGAAUGUCGCGUUUAGGGUUUCGCUCUCACAAUGAGGAUGCGAGGAAGGAGAUGGUUGAGACGCGAGGAGCUUCGCGUGAUGAAGAUGGUAAUUCUGCAGAUGCCAUGGAGGAGGUGAUAAACGAGAACGAUGGUAGUGGUGCUGUGUUUGGGAGAUUGAGAGAGUGGUGGUGGAGGCGUGUUAAUCCGUUGGGAGGACGACUCUGCAGUGGAGAUUUGCGUUUUUGGCAAGGAAGAUGGAGGCCGAGGGAGAUGGUUAUUUCGGCGAGAGACUUUCGGAGGCGGCAGCGCCGGGAGGAAAAUCGAGUUGCUGAUGGGAAUGUAGAGAGGAUGCAGCGGGAGGGAGAAGAUCAGCUGGUGGUUGAGGGAAAAGUUGAUUGGAAAGGAAGAAAAGCUUUGAAACACAAACAUGGAGGGAUGAAGGUUUCAUUGCUGAUAAUUGCAGCAUAUGGUAUGGAGAACAUGGCAACUCUGUCACUAGCAGUGAACUUGGUAUCAUACUUCAAUCAAAACAUGCAUUAUGAACUAGCAGAUGCAGCUAACAAUGUGACCAAUUACAUGGGUGUUAGUUACAUGCUCUCCCUUGUGGUGGCCCUUCUUGCUGACACUUGGAUUGGCAGAUACAAAGCCGUUGUCAUUUCUGGAUUCUUCGAGUCUUUGGGACUGGCAUUGCUUACAAUACAGGCACACAAGGCUAGCAUAGAGUCACCGGUUUGCAACGUGUAUGUGAAAGGUGGAGGUUGUGAAAAGGUCAGUGGGAAGCUAGAAGCUUUUCUCUUCAUAGGGCUCUACUUGUUGGCCUUUGGCAGUGCAGGUGUGAAAGCUUCCUUGCCCUCACAUGGUGCUGAUCAGUUUGAUGAGAGAGAUCCCAAAGAAGCAAUGCAAAUGUCCAACUUCUUCAACUGUCUCUUCUUAGGAAUCUGCAUUGGUGGUGCAGUCAGCUUAACGUUUAAUGUCUAUAUAGAAAACAAUAAUGGCUGGGUCUGGGGCUUCGGAAUCUCCACAGCUGCUAUUGUUUUCGGCACCAUAAUCUUUGCCUUAGGGUUACCACUAUACCGAAUUCAUGUUGCACGCAUAACAAACGGAAUCAUGGAGAUAAUACAGGUCUACGUUGCUGCAAUUCGCAACAGAAACCUUCCCUUUCCUGCAAAUCCUAGCCAACUAUAUGAGAUUGAUAAGGACAAAGAAGCUGCAGUAGAAAUAGAGUAUCAACCUCAUACAGAUAUUUACAGGUUCUUGGACAAAGCAGCCAUCCAAAGGAAUUCUGAUGUUGAAGCCGAGAAUCAAAAGACUCCAAACCCAUGGAAACUAUGCAGAGUGACACAAGUGGAAAAUGCCAAAAUCAUUCUGAGCAUGCUCCCUAUAUUCUGCUGCUCAAUAAUAAUGACACUUUGCUUAGCACAACUCCAAACCUUCUCUAUUCAACAAGGCACCACCAUGAACACCAGGAUCGCCAAGCAUUUUCACAUCCCACCUGCAUCCAUACCAAUCUUCCCAGUUGUCUUCUUAAUAAUUUUUGUCCCUUUCUAUGAUCGCAUCUGUGUGCCCUUUCUAAGCAGAUUCACUGGUAUCUCCACUGGGAUCACGCACUUGCAGCGCAUAGGAGUUGGCCUAAUACUCUCAUCCCUCUCCAUGGCAAUUGCAGCAAUCAUAGAGGUGAAGAGGAAAGGAGUUGCAAGAGACAACAACAUGCUUGAUGCAUUUCCAGUACUGCAGCCAUUGCCAUUGAGCAUAUUCUGGCUUUCUUUUCAGUAUUUUGUAUUUGCCAUAGCUGACAUGUUUACCUACGUAGGACUUCUUGAGUUUUUCUAUUCAGAGGCACCAAAAAACCUUAAAUCCACAUCUACAUGCUUUCUGUGGUGCGCCAUGGCCGUUGGCUAUUUUCUGAGCUCCAUAAUGGUGAAAAUCGUGAAUAGAGCAACCAAGAAUAUUACUGCAAGUGGAGGCUGGUUAGCAGGGAACAAUAUUAACAGAAACCAUCUGAACUUAUUCUACUGGUUACUUUCCAUAUUGAGCUUGAUCAACUUCUUCGUCUAUUUGGUCGUUUCAAAGAGGUACAAGUACAGGCCUCAACACUCUGCAGUUACUGGUGGCAGAUAA